GCCUUUCUAGCUCACUGCCCUGCACAAAGAUGAAUAUUUUUGUUCAGAUAAAAGAGAAGUAUAACAAAAACACUGAUGAAUGGUUAUAGUCUAAGUGAAAGGUGUAAUAUGUCUUUGAUGAGCAUUGAUGUACUAGAGUUAGUAUGAGGUGAGAGAAAAAGGGAAAGGAGUGAGGGGAGAGAGAAAAACACACAGAUACAGAGACUGAGAGUGACACAGACAAUGGCAUAGAGACAGAAAGACAGAAAAACAGAACAUUGUAACCAAUAUCUACAAUUAUCACUGAUAAUCUCAGGAACUUCAUGACACAUAUCUUGACUUGCAUGGGGUCUCUAAUAUGAACUACAUGUGUAUAUGUAUGUGUGCUUAGGGUGGGGAGGGGUCUGGGGAAUGGGAUGAGAAAAAAUAUGAUAGCAUUUAACAAAUUAAACUUGGGAACGUUUCCCCCACCCCCACCAAAAAAAAAAAGCAGAUGGUAUUUUGAACACAAACUGUCAUAGCACAUGAAAGCAUAAGAGUUCUGGUCGUUGCCAAGAAUGAAAAAAAAAAUAAGCUGAUUUUCUUUAAUUGCAAAAACUACCUCUCAGCUCUCCUAUGGGCUUGAAAAAAAGGCACUGAGAAAUGUGAGUGAUCUGCAAAAAGGGAUUUGUGUAACAAGCACCUCCAACCACAGAAGUCACAUGGGACUCUUUCCGCUUUGCUACUUUUGAUUGCUUGUCAAGAAGGUUAUACUUUUAGUUCUCCCUGGCCAGCAAGGCUAAGCAAUGUGCGAGCUGGAGUGACCUUUAUGCACAAUGUCUUUCCAAAGGCUUAUCCAGCAGAACAACAAUUUGGUGGACUACUGCACAGGCCCAGCUUAUAGCUUGUACUCUGCACCCACAGGUAGCCCACAAGUGGAUAAUAAAAGGAUCCAAAUGCUGGCAGACACAGUGGCCACUUUGCCCCGGGCACGAAAGCAGAAUGCUUUGACCAGAUCAAGUUCUUUGGGUGACUUCUCCUGGCCACAGAGAAGGCUGGUUACUGUGGAAAAGCAGGAUAAUGGAACAUUUGGAUUUGAAAUUCAGACUUAUCCAAUGCAGAACCAAAACACCUGUUUGGAUGAGUUGUACACAUGUAUUUAUAAAGUACAGGAAGAAAGUCCAGCUUACCGUUCUGGACUACAGACUGGUGAUAUCCUUGCUAAUAUCAAUGGAGUUAACAUGGAAGGUUUUACUCACAAGCAGGUGGUUGAAUUGAUAAAAUCUGCAGGAAACAAGUUAAGGCUAGAGACAGUUAAUGGAACAAUGAUUCUUAGAAGGGCAGAGCUUGAAGCCAAGCUGCAGAUUCUGAAGCAAACCUUGAGGGAAAAAUGGGUGGAGUUCCGAGCUUUGCAGUUACAGGAACAACGCCUGCUUCAUGGUGAUGCGGUGGACAGCUCAGGGCUGGAAAGUUUGCAGUCAGAGGACUCUUUAGUGGAAAGCUCAUCAGGACUGGCUGCCUCUUACCAGAACCGUAACAGCCGCCUUUCCAGUGAAAGUAGUUGUAAGAGCUGGUUGAGCUCCAUGACUGUGGAAAGUGAGGAUGGUUAUCAAACUUGCAUGUCUGAGGAUUCAUGUCAGGAAACACUGAGCCGGCAGACCAGCAUGGAAGAGGAGUGUUUUUUCCUCAAGGAUGGUGACAUGGCACUGAGGAAGUCUUCCACCAGGAGGAACAGGAACAUCAGUACUGCCAGCAGUGGUUCCAUGUCUCCUUUGUGGGAGGGGGGUGGCAGCAAUUUUGUUAGCGUGUUUGGGACUCUGCCACGAAAAAGCAGAAGGGGAAGUGUUCGGAAACAACUUUUGAAAUUCAUCCCUGGCCUGCACCGAGCUGUGGAAGAGGAAGAAAGCCGAUUUUGACAAGGGAGGAGCCCUUUUCAAAUGAGCUCAUUCCAUAAGGACUUGCAGUAAUCAAAACAUAUGGGAUAAUCUGAACUUCAGCCCACCCAGGAGAGGGCUUAUGAAACUGACAAGGGACCUCAAGGCAAUAGUAGCCUUUAUUUAAAUGAUUUGUCUACAUUUUGUUGCUGUUGUUAUUGUUGUUUCUAAAGCACUUUUGAAACAACCAAAUUCACAAGGGAGAUAAGUCUCCCAACCUCCUCCUUAUUAUUUGGGUGACUUUGUGCAAUUCAUCUACUUUUCUGGGCUAUAAUAGAUGAGGAUCUAUAAAAUAAAGGGGUUGGACCCAAUGAUUUAGAUUAUCCCACUUAAACAAAUUGUUGAGGAUAGAUUUGAUUUAUUAAUGCACAAGAAAGUACAUGUCAAUCUGGUGUUGCCUGUGUAAGAAAGGGAAAUAUUAUUAUUUAUAUUGCCCAUAUGAAAAAUAAGCUUGAGCUUUUAGACUCAAAUUAGAAAACAAACAAACAAACCAACCUGAAUGCCUCAAGCAAUAUGACUGCUUGAAAUAAUUUUUUCUCCCCACAGGCUGCUUAGUGGAUUUCCCUAAAACCAAUGUAUAAUCUGGUAUAUUUUAAAUCAAUGUAUGUUUAAAUGUAUAAAUUAACUGCAGAUUCUGGAGACUAAUACUUCUCUAUGCCAUAAAGGGAGGGUAAAAUAAAAGAUCAUCAGAGAUAUAUCAGGCCAAAUUUAAUUUGGGAAUCAGGAUACAUUUUUCUAACAAAAAACUAACAAAAAUCCUUUCUAACAAAAGGGGUUAUCAAAACUUUGAAAUGGAUUAUUGAGCAUAAUUAUUAAUUCUCUUUCCCCUGAAAGCUUUAAAAGCAUGAGAGAUUCUCAUUUUUCAAGGCUAGUUCAAGUGUGUUCUUUCUUGAAGAUGGGAUAAGGAUUGGAUCCCUUCACAACAUAUUUAGAUUUUAUGAUAAUUUUCUCUGCAUUGUCCUAAGGCCUAAGAAAUUUGAUCCCAAGACAUUUCUCCUUGUCACCUCCCAAAUUGUAUUUGUACCUUUUUGAACAUUCUUCUAUCCAUCAGGGUGCAUAGUUACUAAGGCUUCAAAGCUCCUGGGAUGAAGAUGAUUAUUACUUUCACCCUGGAGAAAAUCAUCUGAAUUACCAAUAAUAAUUUUUAGUUUUUUUCAAAUAAGAUGUAUUUCUUUGGGGGGGGGUCGGGAGAAGGGGAAAAAGAGAGAAGAGUUUGGUCUACUACCACACAUGAAUAGGCUUCUAAAAUAAUCCAAAAGUUUCAUAAUUUUGGAGAAAUAGUGAAAAAAAACCUGAUAGCAUUUAUAAUGAAAAGUCUUUUUCUACUGUGAUCUUUAAAAAUUUCUGAAUUCAUAGCAAUAUAGAAUUUAGAAGAAAGAAAUAUAAUUGGACUUCCAGUAAAUAAUAUUUGAUAUUGCAUUGGUGCUAUCAAGUUUUCAUAGGACACUUCCCUCUACAAUUAUGCCACCAUGAAAGGAAGGAUUUAAAAUUCACAGUUUUAGGAUACUGCUUAAACAUGUCAUUUGUACUCUAUUUGAGAAAAAAUUUACGUGAAAAGAAAGUUCUGAUUGUUUCUGUUGUUCUGGUCAUCCACAAGCAAGUUUUCUAUCCUGUUUAUUUUGAGAGCAAUUGAUAGCCUUAUCUCUUACCAAUAAAUUAUGCUCAGUAGCAAUAUUUUGAGAGAUGAUGCCAAAUAA